GCUUCCUGUGUGAGCCGGGAGGAAUCGGUGUGUCGAGUCUCCGGUAUGGGCAGGCGCCUCACUCCUCAACUUUUAACCGGAGAUUUUAUUUUUUACCACAGUGAGGUUGCGUUUGGCACUAUUUAUACCACCUGAAAAAUGGAUUGCUGAAUGGAAUAACCCGACAGUGAGUCCGCAGUGAGCGCAUUCGGCCGUUUUGAAUUCAUUUUCUUUUUUGUUGUUCGAGUUGUUGAAGGAAGAGGGGAAAAUGCCAGUUGCAACUCUUCUGCCUUUCACCGCGACCCCGAAUAGGAAGUCUGUCAGCCCGACCUCUUUCAGGUUGACAGAGAAAUUCAUAUUGUUACUAGUGUUUAGCGCUUUUAUAACCCUAUGUUUCGGGGCCAUCUUCUUUCUACCGGACUCGUCCAAGCUGCUUAGCGGAGUUUUCUUUCAUUCCCCCGCGGUGGAGACCAACACCCGCCCCGGUUCGGACAGCAGCGACCCAGCUUCGGCAAACGACGAGAGGGUCCUGGCCAAAAUCCGAAAAGACCACGAAAAAGCCCUGUUAGAGGCCAAGGAUACUUUGCAGAAACGUCCCGACGAGAUAAAACAAGACAUUUUAAAUGAGAAGGAGAAAGUUGCGAAAGAGAAUACGGGUCAAGGUGGGAACGAUUUACCUUUCGUCGAGUAUCACCGCCCGCCCGGGGCGACCGGACACGAGCCCCAGGACCCCGAGACCAAGGAGAAACGGGCCAAGAUCAAAGAGAUGAUGAAACAUGCGUGGGGCAGCUACAGGCGCUACGCCUGGGGUUCCAAUGAGCUGCGGCCCGUCUCCAAGCAAGGCCACUCCAGCAAUCUAUUUGGCAGUAUAAAGGGAGCGACAAUAGUGGACGCUCUGGAUACCCUCUACAUCAUGGAGAUGUUUGAGGAGUUUGAUGCUGCUACUGACUGGGUGGAGAAGAACCUCGACUUUAAUAUGAAUGCAGAAGUCUCCGUGUUUGAGGUGAACAUUCGGUUCGUUGGAGGUCUGCUGUCCGCCUACUACCUGUCUGGGAAAGAGGUGUAUCGUAGGAAGGCGGUGGAGCUGGGUGAAAAGUUGCUGCCCGCCUUCAAAACGCCCACCGGGAUCCCCUGGGCUCUGCUUAACCUCAAGAGUGGUAUUGGCAGAAACUGGCCCUGGGCUUCGGGCGGCAGCAGCAUCCUGGCGGAGUAUGGCACCCUGCAUCUGGAGUUCAUGCACCUCAGCAAGCUCUCAGGCAAUCCUGACUUCGAGCAGAAGGUGAUGAACAUCCGGAAAGUGCUGAAUCGCCUGGACAAACCACAGGGGCUUUACCCCAAUUACCUGAACCCCAAUAGCGGCCAGUGGGGCCAACAUCACGUGUCCGUCGGGGGCCUAGGGGAUAGUUUCUAUGAGUACCUGCUCAAGGCCUGGCUGAUGUCUGACAAGGCUGACGAAGAGGGCAAGAAGAUGUAUUAUGAUGCCCUGCAGGCGAUAGAAACCAACCUGAUGCGAAAGUCGACCAGCGGGCUGACCUACAUAGCCGAGUGGAAGGGGGGGCUGCUGGAGCACAAGAUGGGCCACCUGACCUGCUUCGCGGGGGGCAUGAUCGCACUGGGUGCCGACGGGGCGCCCGGCGACAAGACGGGCCACCAGAUGGAGCAGGCCGCCGAGAUCGCCCGGACCUGUCACGAGUCCUACGCCAGAACCGCUUUGAAGCUGGGACCCGAAGCCUUCCGCUUUGACGGCGGAGUCGAGGCUAUCGCCACUCGCCAGAAUGAGAAAUACUUCAUCCUCCGUCCCGAGGUCAUCGAGACCUACAUGUACAUGUGGAGGUUCACCCACGACCCCAAAUACAGGGAGUGGGGCUGGGAGGCUGUUCAGGCUUUAGAGCAGCACUGCAGAGUAGAAGGAGGCUACAGCGGCGUCAGAGACGUCUACGCUUCAGCCCCCAACCACGACGACGUGCAGCAGAGCUUCUACUUGGCCGAGACACUCAAGUAUCUCUACCUGCUCUUCUCCGACGACGACCACCUGCCGUUCGACCACUGGGUGUUCAACACCGAGGCUCACCCUCUGCCCGUCCUCAAGAAGGACAAGACGGACAUCCCCAACGAGGUGGAGUAGCCCUACGCCGACGCCCUGACGCACGCGAGAACCUGUGAUCCUGUACGCCUGAGCCUGCAGACGUCCGUGUGACACCACUUUAGCCAUUUGGAUCCCCGAACGUUGCAGGUGCCCUUUGAUUGGGUUUUCACUUUAUCUUUUUUUUGGGGGGGGGUCAAAACAGAAAUCAGUGGGUGUUUUUUUACAUUCAUGCAUCAUGAGCGCGUCACACUCUGACUGUGUCGUUCCCUUACGUGGCGAUUUUCGUUCUCCCCUCGUUGUUUUGAUCUCCUUCAGAGGGCCCAAUCUGACCCAUUGUUGCAUUAUUCCUCUGUGAUUUUGUUUUUAGUAGCUCAAGUUUUUUGUGAAGCAGGACACUGACAGAUGUGAUUAUCCGUCAUCUCCCUCACGUGGAUAUUUUGGACCCGAGCUGCGGGCACCAAAACGCAGUCUCAUCGGAGGGUCACGAGGCCGACAUGGCGAGCAGAAAGACGCUCCGUCCGCUUCUCCUACCGCUUCAACAUCUGGACGAGCACCGCUUCCUCCUGUGCCAGCACCUCCAGGCCUGCAGCCUUUAUUUUUUAAAUGCGUGGUUGUCUCCGUGGAAGCGAAGGCGAGGCGCUUUUUAAAGGCCCGCAGGACUUAAAAAUGGCCGACUGCUCCUUCCUUCCGCUGAGGCACGAUGUAUCGGCCUGGCAGUAAUUUCACUCCCUCCCCAGGCCCGCUACCACCACCACCUCUCACCCGGUCUUCGUCUCGCUUUUUGGAACCUAGAUUUUGUUCUCCUCCUCACAUAAUUCAGGGGAUUGACGAAUACGGGGCUUUAUUCAAUGCCAAAAAACAACAAAAAAAAGUGAUUAAAGGGUUCUGACAGUAAAAAGCAUGAAGAUGCGUUUGACUGUGAGAUGUGCUAGGUCGAGGAGCCCUGCGGAUAUUGAAAGGAAUACGUUUGGUAUCGAUAUCCCAUAAAACACUCUCUGCAGAUGUUAAUACCAAGAAGCUUGUAAGAACUCAAACUGAAAGUCUCCCCCAAAGAUCAAACUGUACAACCAACCCUGCUUCUUUUAUGCGUCCCCCGGUUGUCGCACGGGGCGCCCUGCAGGACUUUCCCUCUUGUGUGAGGGGAUCUUGUCACAGUCCCCCCCCCCCCCCCCUCUGCAUAAGCCACGCUGACUCCAAGCAGCUUUACCAUUCCGCUACCGUGAAAACUAUUGUGUUCUUGCCGUUGGUCAUUUUUCCUCAAACUACCAAAUCAUCCAAGUGGGUUAUUUAGUUGGAGUUAGAUUUCUCUGCAGCCGGAUCAAAUCCAGUUUAGUUUUCCAUUUAGUGCCUUCACUAUUGGGAACGGGGAGUCGGAGCCAGCAGCAGCUCACACUCGGAGUGAAAGUCCCCCUGUCCCUUCAGGAUCGUAGCAAAACAACACACUGACGGAGAAUUUCUGCUUUUUUAGGACUUGAUAUGUAUUGUAGCUUUGGUUUAAGAGUAGCCCAAAGUCCAAAGGUCCAUCUGAGGAUGACAAAGUGAUUCUUUUCUGGCUCCAGAGGGCAGUGAUUAAAAGCUGGGAUUGAUUCCCUGGCCCACACUGACAUCUAGUGGUGGGAUCUUGGGCUGAGUAACACCUGUCUGGAGUCAAACAUUCUGGUGGGAAUCACAUGUAUAUCGGGCACUAUUAAAUGAUGUUGUUGAUUUUCCAAACUGUUGGAAGAAGUCUUAAAUCCCUCAAUUUUAAAUCUGCAUCCCUGGAUCUUUUAAGAGUUUCUAUUCGGUUCCUUUUUGGCGGUUUGAAAAGGAAAAGUCCGUAAUCUUUUGGGGACACCUGCUAGAUGCUACUGGGACUCGUGGUUUUAGCGUUAAACCAAAUUUGAACCAAACAAUGCUGUGAUGGAGUCAAGUCUCAAGUGGAACGCCCCGUACAUCCAAAUCUGUUGAUUUACCUGUUGGAAGACGUUGUGAUGAGUAGUUUACACUUUAUUAAGCUGUCUAAAUGUAGAAGCGAAAAGGGUUAGGAGACUCACUCAUUCAGCUUCAUAAGGAAAUGUUCAAAUACAAAGAGUUUGAGCUGCAAACACUGAUCACAAAGCUUAGCUGGAUGUCCAACACAAGCUGAGCUGUGCUCCUCACUGUACAGACGGCCGCGUCCUCGGGUUUAAUCCCUGGUGUUUGUUUGGUUCCAGUUGAUUCGGAGGCAUUUAUUACCCAUGUGGUGUUGUCUUGUAACCGUUGAUUUUUGCUGAUUGUGUUAAUUUAUUCUGUAGAGGUGAACAGAGGACUUUAGGGUUUGGAAGCUGACACCCAGGUGGCACUGUGGCUUCAUAACUGGACCUUAAACCUUUUGUGGGCAAUUGCAUAUUUGUCCACCUAAUAAAAAAAGAAAGAAAGAAAGAAAAAAGACAUUCCGAACUGAUGUCGGAACACGAUUAAAAGGUCCUCUGGGUCUUUUAUUUGUUGACAUCAACGAUUCAACAAUGUACAUUACACAAUGUCUCAAGAUGAUUACACAUAUAGAUGUUUAGAGAUAUAGAGAUACAUACUGAUGCUAUCGGCAAGGAACUGUUGCUACACAUGCAACCUUUUAAAGUGAUGUUAGCAGAAUAAUUUGGUUGAUUCCAGAGAGAUGAACCUGGGAUCAACCAAACAACUUUACAGCAGGAUUGAAUCGUAUGAAUGUACCAUCCAAUGUGAAGUGAAGAAUAUUUUAUGUGCUUUUUUUCUUUUCUUUUUGUGCUCUUUGUGCUCACUUCUCUGUGCUUUUGGGUUUGUUUGUUUUUGCUUUGUGUCAUCUCGGAAAGCACAAAAAUGCAUGAACGAGGCGGAGAAGAAGCAGCGACGACAUGCCGUUAAUGUAGGAAGUGAUCCACGUCCGCCAUGCGAGGCCAAUCGCUGCACAUUACACUGUUCUCCUGUCCGACACAGAUGGAGAACCAUGGAGGUACAGGAAUAUUCAGCAACAAAGUACAAGCCAGAUCUGUUGUAUCCUUCACUGUACAGUAGUGUGGAGACACCAGAACUGCUUUAUACGAAUACAGAGAAGAAGCUGCUUCUGAGCUUCAUCUCAGUUUUGGUUGAAAUGGAGACACUGAGUCAGCUGCACCAGCUCGCAGAGAUUCAAAUCUUUAGAGGCGUGAUGACAUGCGGUUGGAUAUCCGCUGGGAGCCGCGCUGGGGAACAUGAGCAGAUUUUGUGGUUUCCGCUCACGGGACGCCGGUCCGGUCCUAAAGAGGAAGCUUUUUCCGUUUGAGCCGUCGCUGUGAGAUCUGCUUCCGCCUCAGAGUGACAUCACGCUCGUUUCCAUACGCAGAAUUUAUUUUGAUUUUUUUUCCAACAAGGUUGAAAUGUCUUUUUGGUGAUUUUCUGAAUAUUGUGUUGAUGAUCUGUUUCGUUCCAAUGACUGUUUAUUGGUGGAUAUUAAAGGGGAAUGCCAACUUAUGAAUUCUAACAGAAGUGGAUCCUAGUGAACAGGCACCACUUGGGAAACUUCUAAUUUAUGAACACUGAAAUCUUUAAUCUUCACCCGAGUGGUGUUUGAUCACUUUACAUAACUGACCGGUCAACAUAGACAGAAUUUGUAAAACGGUUGGCGUUUCCCUUUAAAGGUUUACUUAUGUGAAAUCAACCUCAGAAAUCUUUCUGUACAAAAUAUUGCUGAUAAUCAUUCCAUUGCACAUAGUUUACGUUGCGUUUUAAUGCAAAAUCUUAAUUUUGUGGGGAAAUCUGUUUUAUUGUGUUAAUAUUAUUGAAAAAUGUAAAUAUUCCGUUCUGGCAAAUGGGCCGUUCUACAUUUAUAUAAAAAAAAUCUUCUGAGUUUAUCGAUUAAAAUGAUAUUAAUAAGCAGGAGACUUUUUAAUAAACUAUAUUUGUUACACUUCUAUUGUGAAUAAAAUAAUCUUUUAAUAAGC